AUGGCCAUCCAAACGGUCGCUUAUGCAGGAGUCCUGGCGGCUGCAGACCACGCGGCGGCCGUGCUGAGCCUGGCAGGCCUGUCUGUGGUGCUGCUGGCCAUUCUGGUGUACGGGCCGCUGUGGGUGUCGCCUCUGGCGUGCGUUCCGGGCCCGAAGCUGUUUGCGCUCUCGCGCUGGCGCCUGGCUCUGGAGGACUACCGUGGCUCGCGUACGCGAUGCAUCCGGGCGCUGCACCUGUCUUACGGCUCUGCUGUGCGGAUAGGACCAGCCGAGGUCUCGUUUGCGUCGCUGGCGGCGCUGCGUGCCAUCUACGGCGCUGGCUCUGGCUUUGAGCGCACCACCUUCUACCGCAUGUUUGACGUCUACGGCCGCCAGAACCUGUUCACGUUUGCGCCCGUGCGCCAGCACGCCGCCCGCAAGAAGCUCGUCGCCCAUGCCUACUCCAAGACGGCCGUGCUGCGGCAGGACGGCGCUGCCGUUCCGCUGAUCGCCCGCAACGUGCGCUCCUUCUUGGCCCUGCUCGAGCAGCGUGUCCUCGCCGGCGAGCCCGACGAGAUCUUCCGCAGCCUGCACUGGUUCAGCCUCGACAGCAUCACCGGCUUUCUCUACGGCACCGAUCGCCACGGCAGCACCGACGCCCUGCGCGGCAACGAGGCCCACCGACGCCUCCUCGACGAUAUCCUCAACCCGGAGCGCCGUCGCCUCAGCUGGUUCGCCGUCCACCUGCGCGCCUACACCGCCUGGCUGUACUCCCGCACCGGCCUGCUCGAUCGCCUCAUCGUCGCCCUCGGCCUGCUGCCCAUGUCCCGGCCUGCCACCUACACCGCCAUCCGUGCCCACGCCCUCGCCUCCUGGCUCGGCUACGAGGCCGACGUGGGUGCCGGCAGGACCGUCUUGCCCGAUGGUGCCACGGAUGCCUCCAUCAUGCAGCGGCUGCACCACCACAGCCAGGCCGGCGCCAAAGCCGGUGCUCGCAGCUCGCUGGAUGGUCUCGACAUCGCCUCCGAGCUGGCCGAUCACUUCCUGGCCGGUAUCGACACCACUAGCGACGCCAGCAUGUUUGCCAUCUGGGCUCUGUCACGGCCAGAACACGCUCACUACCAGGCCCGCCUCCAGGCCGAGCUGGCUGCCCUCGACUACGGAUGUGGUGUCAGUGAAGACGGCCAGAUUGCCGCUCUGGACGAGCACGGAAACCCGACAGCAGAUGCGGCUGACCGGUUGCCCUUCCUCGACGCCGUGUUGCGAGAGACGCUGCGCCUCUAUGCACCGCUUCCGGCGUCUGAACCUCGCGUCAUGCCGACUACCGACGUCGUCAUCGACGGUGUUCACAUUCCCGCCGGCACUGUCGUCAGUAUGGAUCCCUACACGCUUCACCGCAAUCCGGCCGUCUUCCAGGACCCGCUGGCCUUCCGUCCCGAACGCUGGCUCGGUGAGUUUGGUGACGUCUCCGAGAUGCGCCGCUGGUUCUGGGCCUUCUCCAGCGGUGGCCGCAUGUGCAUAGGCAUGCAUCUCGCCAUAGCUGAGAUGACCAUGUUGUUGUCUGCAAUCUACCGGAAAUACUCGACAAAGCUGCACGCACGCCAGGAGGGCGUCAGCCCUGGAAUCACCAGCCGCUUCGAGGUGUUCAGUGACAGUACGCUGUCCAAGGUCUCGGUGAGUGGAACCUCUGCCUCUUUUGUCUUUAGCUCUCUUUCCCUGAUCGUGACAGGAACAUGA